ACACGCAGAGAACACUGAAAAGAAGAGCUUCAGCUUCAUGAAAAUCUAACCACCCAUGACCCACCUAUAUAUAUAUAUAUAUAUCCACUGCUGAUAGCAAAACUCAUCUAAAAGCAGCUCCAUUUCUGUGAUAAUUCCAUUUUCUUCCCAAAAUCCUUCUUUUGAUCUCAAUUAUAUCACCAUCCAUGGAUUCAGAUUCUCAGAACAAGAAGGAGCACCCCAUACCCUCUUCCUCUGAUCUCUUCUCCAGUGCUAAGCUGUUGGCUGAGGCGGCGCAAACCAGCUUAAGCGACGGAUAUGACAAGGUUGACAAGUCCAAAGUAGCCGGAGCAGCCUCUGACAUACUCGACGCUGCCUCACGCUACGGUAAGUUUGAGGACAAGGCUUUCGGUGGGUAUGUUGAGAAGGCUAACAGUUAUCUGCACCAGUACGAGUCUUCCAAUCCCACCACCACCAAACCCGGUUCUAAACUGCCAACCACCACCACCACCACCACCACCGACGCAGCCGACAAGACUUCUAAGUCGGAGGAGGAUGGUGGUGAUAAAUCUGGAGGUGGGUAUGGGGGCUAUGUCAAGAUGGCUGAAGGUUUCUUGAAACCCGGUUCUAAACCGCCAACCACCACCACCGACGCCGCCGAUAAGACUUCUAAGUCGGAGGAGGAUGGUGGUGAUAAAUCCGGAGGUGGGUAUGGCAACUAUGUCAAGAUGGCUGAAGGUUUCUUCAAGUAG